CAAAAGAAGCAGAAGAACGGCACGCGAAACUAAUUUCGGAACUCAAAGACAAAUUAUCAGAAAAAGAUCAAUUACUUUCUACAAAGAAUGCCCUUCUUGCUGAAUCAGAAGCCAAGGUUCAAGCUGCCAGGGCUGAACUUGAAAAUGCCAAGCAAUCCCUAGCCGUUAAGACGGCGGAACUCGAAUCCAGAAUUGCGGAGGCUGAGACAAAUCUCAAGAACAGUAAAGAAGCCGAGGAAACCGCAGCUAGUCGAGCUGAAGAAUUGAACCAAUUAAAACUGGAAAUAGAAAAUAUUAAAUCCAAUGAAAUUCUGCAAGCCGAAUUAAUAAUAUCAUUAGAAUCUCAACUUCAAAAAGCUGAGGAUAAACGUGAUGAAACCAUCACGAAACUCGAGGCCGCUACUAAAGAUAUCGAAGAUCUCAAUAAUCAAAUCACCAAAUUGCAGAAUGAUAUUGUUGAAGCUAGCAGUGAGGUUUUAGCGCAGA